CCAAGCGUGGCUACGGAUUUUUCGUCAGUCCAGUUUCAACUUUACUCCGUGUCGCUACUCUAACGCCCCACCUUCCUUAAGUUAACCCACAUUUUGAGUCCGCAAUCAAAUAUCAAAUAUCCAACAUGAACUUCUAUUUGCUGGUGAUUGCGUCCCUGUGUUUUCUGACCUACAUCAGUUGUGGUUUAGCCAUGACUCAAAGCAAACGCAACGUUCCACUCGCUAAAUUCGCAGAUGGCUGUCUCCAGUGCAAUUCGAAAACGGAGCCCCGUUGCGCCACCGAUCCGCUCAGCUUAUUCACCAAGAACUGCUCAGAGUCCACCGGCGGAGCCGAGUGCUACGUGCGCGUCAUCAAAGAUGGCUACACCGUGCGCGGCUGUGUGAAAGAUCUGGACAAUGCCACCAAGGCCAACUGCAACAACGAGCUGGAGUGCCAGAUCUGUACGUACGCGGAGGGCUGCAACCGUCAGAUGUUCCCCUCCUCGCGCGCCCAGUGCCUCCAGUGCUCGGGCAACUCCACCUCCUCGAGCUGCGCCACCCAGGUGUACGAGCACGCCUCCAUCUGUCCCAUCUAUAAGCUGGGCGACCUCUGCUACAUUCGCAACAGCAACCGCACCGCGGACGGGUCCUUCCAGCGCGGCUGCCUUACCAGCGCCCAGGCCAACAAGCAGUGCAUCAAGGACGGCCACUGCUUCACGUGCACGGGGCGCGGCUGCAACUUCCUGCAGGCCAACGAUACCCUGAUUCCCCUGGCCCGCGACUCCAGCGCCCAGCUGGUGCUCUCGAUGUCUCUGCUCCUCUGCGGCCUCCUCGUCGCCUGGAUGCUGUAGGAGCCCAGCCCUCUCUCUCUCUCCAUCUCUCUUGCUGGGGACAUUGAAAGCCACAUUUUUCCUUCAGAAUUACAUAUAUACUAUUCUAUUAGAUAUUCAUUUGUUUUUUUUUUGUAUUUUGUAAUUAUAUAAAAAUCACACUCUGCCUUUGUUUGCUUUGAACCACGAAAACUGAGAGACGAAAGCAAAAAUAAAGAUGAAAAUGUAAUGGAAAA